CACUUUCCACUCUAUUUGCAAUUUGAUCCAGUGCCAUGUGCCAGUCAGCACUUAGCCUAGAAGUAUCGUUUUCCAACAGUGUCUGAAGGAAAAACUCCACCCCUAACACCCACUGCUAAUUAUCAUACUAUGCACUACAAAACAUGACACUGCAUUGUUCAUUCAUCACUUGUGAAUAUCUGCUGUCCACAGCUCCUGCUCUUUCAGAGAAAAUGAGUUUGAGCCACAUGGAGGCUGCGUCUCUAAGCCACUCAAGUCCUCCAGAUACACAGAGAUCAUGCUGGAAGCCUUGGUUGUGCUCAGCAGUAGCUUUUUUGUUUUGCUUCUUCUGUACACUGAUCGUUACUUUAAUCUCACUCAAGAUGUCUGCUAAAGAGUUCUGCGUGGCCAAGUUUGGACCUCUGCCCUCAAAAUGGCAAAUGGCGUCUCCUGAACUUCCUUGCAUGAACAAGGUAUCUGACUGGAAGCUGAAGAUACUUCAGGAUGGCUUGUACUUAGCUUACGGACAAGUGGCUUUUGAUAGAACCUACAAGGGAGCAGCUCCUUUUGAAGUAUGGCUACGUAAAAAUGAAGAUCCCAUACAAGUUCUAACAAACAACUCUCAGAUCCAAACUUUCGGAUGUAUUCAUGACUUUCACACUGGAGACACAAUUGACUUGAUUUUCAACAGCGAAGACCAGGUUCUCAAAAAUGACACGUACUGGGGGAUCGCUUUAAUACCAAAGCAACAAUUCAUCUCUUAAGGAUUUGAUUUGGUAUCUUCAUUCUCUUUAGCAUAUGUGGACGUUCUUUUGAAGAACUGGAGGGGGCAGAUUGUCAGUACUUAUAGUUUGUCUGGGUAUACACAUCACCACAAACAGAGCCCACCUGCAUGUGCGAUUUUCCCUUGUGCUCUCUAGAAAGAGACUCAAAGAAAGGGUCAAAGGCUUUUGGUUUUCUGAGGUUGGGUCUGUAAGGAUACUUUAGUAAUCCAAGAUAAAAUGAAUGAUGUCGGAAGAGGACAGAAAAUCCUCAAAGAUUCUUUAUCUGAACCUUGAAACCCUAAGUAGAAAAACCAAGUCUUAUUUCCAUAGACAUCUAACUUGGUUUGCAGAAAAAGGGAAGGCAGUCGGUCGGCCUUAUUCUCAUGCUCUUAAGUUGCUUUACUUUAUUCUUCCAUACUUCCACCUUUCAUCUUCUGAGACCCUCUUAAUGUUGUCAGACUGGCGAGGUGACCACAGAUGUGCCAACAAUAACUUUAGGUAUUGUGCGUUUAGAGAAACACUUUGAGAACUACGGGGACAGGUAUGAAGAGGACAUGUAGUGUAAUGUGAUUUUUCUGGGAAUUUCUUCUGGUUUCAUCAUACUUAGGAUGCAAAUAUUUUAUUAAACCUUUGAUCAAAGGAAUCAUUCUAACCUUUUACCCACGGAUUCACCGUCUAUGUCUCUGAACACUGCCAAUGGUGAAUUCAGUCACUGCUAAUAAUUGUUAAAUUUAAGCCCAGUAAUCAGCAUUACUAUUUGUAUAUUGUUAUUUAAUUUCAUAUUUUUGGCAGGCUUUCCUCAGUUUCCAAAGUGUGUUCACAUAUCACAUGGGCAACUUCAGGAAGGUGGGAGGUGUUUUUGCAAAAUUUUAGCAGUGAGAAUGUAGAUGCAGAUGGAGUGGACAGGCAUCUGGCCUCACUGAGUAAAUGGGCUUUUUGUUGUUAUAUAUUCACACUAACCUUAGCUUUAUAAUUGGUAUUUAUGCUAUCAUACAUCUAUAAAAUUUAGCAAAUUCAGUUUUCAGGACAUGGGUCCCCUGUUAGCCCAAGGCGGAUGAAGUGAAGUUAUAACAGAUCUUUCCUUUACUAACAGUCUGAUUUUCCCUGCUCUGCCUGGAGCAGGGAGUUCCAGGGUGCUGCUCAGGACUUGCUCCAACCAAAUCCCCUUCCUCACAUUAAAGAGCCCAUCUCGAUGAGAUGUGCUAACCCCUAGAAAUAGUAAAUAACAUUCAAUUCAAAAUUUUUGACUCAGUUGAAUUGGGUAUAUGUAUGUUCUUGUUGAAGAGUCUGGAAUCAAUGUAAAUUGUAAUCAAUUUAAAAUAUUUAUGGAUAAUGGUGAAAGCCCAUAUUAUGUUAAUUAAUAUAAUUAUAAAGCUAACUUAAAAAUAUUUGAAUUGUGUACAAUAAAAAUCACAUGGGGCAACUAAGCUAUUUUUUCUUGUAUUAAAAUCUGCUGAACAGCUGCAAACCUGCAGAUUCAAAGACUUGUGUACAAAGCCUGCCCCAAAUGAUCUUUUGUAUUUGCAUAUUCUCUCAGGAAAUUAAAAUUGUGUCACAUAUAUUUAUAGAAUCCUUGAUUGAUUUUUAUUGAAUUAUAAGAAGUAGAAUGCUGGAGUGGGCCAGAACUAACUCAUAUAAGCCAACUGUUAAAUUUUCAGGGAUUUAGCACGCUGGUUAUUCAUCCAGUCAUCACUGAAUUUGCCUGUGGUGGGAGUAUUUAUACUAUGGGAAUUGGUGUAAACAGUAUACAACAAAGAGUACAAAUCAAGCUUUUAUUUUGAAUAGCUGGCUUACUAGCACACCACUGUUUAUAAAACUCUCCUAAUUCAACUUCUCUGUGUUCCUGCUUAAUUCCUGUGAUGACCAAGACAGGCUAAGAGAGACAGUGAAAUUAUACACACAGCCCAUGCCCAGCACAGAACUGCUUCUCAGUGCAAGCAGAGAUUUUUGCACUGAAGGCAGCGGGAUGGCUACUGGUAGAAGUUAAAAAAUUUUCUUGGUGUUAUAAUUUCGGCCUUUUGUUUACA